AUGGACUCAGCUGCGAGCCUGGUGGCUCAACCCGAACACAGUUUUGAACGUGAAACAUCACCAACUGGUAGUAAAAACGAAGAGUCCGCAGGUACAUGCAGUACGAACCUGCCGCGUAUGGACUCAGCUUCGAGCCUGGCGGUUCAACUGAACGACAGUUUUGAACAUGAAAAAUCAACUGGCAGCAAUAAAGAAGAGUCAAGCAAGGACUCCCGAGCCAACAGCACGUCGACGAAAGACGACCACUUGCCCAGCCCCGCGUCACCAAGCAGCAGCCUGCUGGCCACUGCGACCAGCACGCCUCGUGAUCACAAGGGAGAUGCAGGCACGAGCGACAGCGACGACACGAGUGACAUCAUGUACAGUGAUGAUGAUGACGAACGCAGCCUCGCGUUACUUCAACAAGUCACAGUAGACAAGGGAGACUGGAAAACACACAGCAAGCGCCGCCGCAAGCACAAUCAGUUGGAACAGACACCGCCCAAUGCGAUCCCGUCGCAUCGCUCCAAGGCCAAGAAGAGGAAGCCCGCAGCAUAA